AUGUCUCAAGUUACCCACGGAAUUCAUACGCUUCUCGACAAUGGCCUGCCUGCCAUCAGCCGUUAUAUAACCGACCACAACUCCGAAGCAAAAGCCGUCUUCUCGACCCAUAUUGAGGAGCGUUUGCCGUGGCAAGAGCUCCCCGACGGUGCACGAUUCUGUCUAGGCUACGCGACUGAAAAGUUUCCAGUGCAGUUGUCACAACAAGAAGACCUUCACGUCUACCAACGGUAUCUGGAAAACAAGCCGGGAAUCACUAUUCCUGGGGGGACCGUCCUGCGCCUAGUCGAUAUGAUGCCAGGAGCACUGUCACCAAUGCAUCGUACAGUCAGUCUGGAUUACGGGGUGGUAUUGGAAGGGGAGGUCGAGCUGGUGUUGGACUCUGGGGAAGUCAGACUUCUGAAACGGGGAGACGUAGCCAUCCAAAGAGGCACGAACCAUGCUUGGAGGAACGCGAGCGACACGCAAUGGGCCAGGAUGUUCUCACUACCAGUCGAACCUACCAUCUUUGUGCAGAAAAUGGGAGACUCAUUUCAUCAGAUUCGAGCUGCUGUCAUUGAAGGCCGUGCCCAGUCGCCCCGAUACAUCCAGAGGCAGCUCACACUCCUACACGAUGCCUUGCUAAAGCAUCAAAAGGCCAUCCGAACAGCAAUCAAGCGCCAAACCAAUUACACAUCGGCCGAGAUCGAUGCAGAAAUCUAUCUGACAUUGGACGCAAUCAAACAUGAUUACGAGUCUUUCGACUUUUCAAAAGUCGUGCAAGAAGAGUACAGCCUUGCCCAGCUCAAGGACUACCCUUCGCGCCGCGUAGCAGUCGGGUGUAUUUACGUCAUUCCCUCGGAGCACAGCCGUCUUUAUUCGAUUGUACAGACUGUGUCGGCAGCCAUAACCGCCGGAAAUUGUGUCGUGGUCGAACUCGGAAAAUCAGCCUCGGAUUUAGACUCGCUUCUGGCAAAGGUCCUUGCAGGUGCCCUGGACGGAGAAACGUUUGCUAUGGUCGCCGGCAAACCUGAUGACCAAGACUUCUUCACCCAGCAUUGUGUUGUCGUUGAUGCUCGAAAGAAUCCCCAGACACCAGGUUCUGCACAUAUAUUGCUCGCAAAGCCCAGCCGAUGCAUCGCCGUGGUGGACAGGACGGUGUCUUCUGCAGAUAUAGCGCACGCAGCUCGUGAGAUAGCACGUGCACGGUUCAGCUUCGACGGAAAAUCUCCUUAUGCACCAGAUUUGGUGCUGGUCAAUGAGUUCGUUCUGCAGGAGUUCUGCCGCGCAGCGGUACAAUACACCACUACCCUGCUGACUAGAGGCGUCGAACCAGAUCUGGAUGACGAUAGGAGGGCUAUGCGCACGGCCAUUGAUUUCGUGGACCCGGCAGUCAUGGAACUGCAGCGAGCUCCGGGCGUGUCCACAGUUCUCUCUGGAUCCCGAGGGAAGAUCCUGUGCAUGCAGAAGAGGGAUGAGUCACUGAUGAGCCGCAAAGUCACCAGUCCGGUGCUUGUGAUCCAUUCCAUACGGAGCCUUGACGAUGCCAUUGAUCUGAUUAAUUCGUGCAACCGCAAUGAACGUCAUCAAGCGGCCUAUUUCUUUGCCAACGCUGUCACAGCCAAGUAUCUAGGUCAAUUCAUUCCCUCACGGCUUUCAUACACCAAUUGUAUUCCGAUUGCAUUGCUAGGUUAG